ACGUUGAGAUAAAAUUGUCCAUUUAAACUCAUUCGUCGAAAGUAUUGGACGAUUUAAUCUCUAAGAGAAAUCUGUUUCUAACCAUCAUGUCGGUACAGAAAGUCGAUAUUAAAUAUACUCAGUUGUUCAUUAACAAUGAAUUCGUGGAUGCUGUUAGUGGAAAGAAAUUUUCCACCAUAAAUCCUGCUAAUGAAAAAGAAAUAGCUCAAAUAUCUGAAGGUGACAAGGCCGAUGUUGAUAAAGCUGUGGCAGCUGCGAAAAAAGCAUUCGCAAGAAAUUCAGAAUGGAGAACAAUGGAUGCGUCGUGUAGAAGAAAACUAAUUAAUAAGUUUGCAGAUCUUGUAGAACGAGAUUUAGAAUAUAUAGCAACUCUUGAAACUAUGGAUAAUGGAAAAACGUAUGUUGACGCUUGUAACGAUGUCAAAUUUAGCAUAGAAGUGUUGCGUUAUUAUGCUGGAUGGUGUGAUAAAAUACACGGCCAUACUAUUCCUGCAGAUGGCCCUAAUUUUGUAUUUACACGUAAGGAACCGAUAGGAGUCGUCGGUCAUAUUAUUCCAUGGAAUUAUCCAUUCAUGAUGUUAGCAUGGAAAUGGGCUCCAGCUUUGACUACGGGUUGUACUGUUGUUUUAAAACCAGCAGAACAAACCCCUUUGAGUGCUUUGUAUGCAGCAGCAUUAUCGAAAGAGGCAGGAUUUCCACCUGGUGUCAUCAAUGUUAUUACAGGAUAUGGACCGACAGCAGGAGCUGCUAUAGCUGAACAUCCGGAUAUUAAUAAAGUUGCUUUCACAGGAUCUACUGAAGUUGGACAUCUAAUUAUGCAAGCAUCUGGCAAAAGUAAUCUGAAACGAGUUAGUCUUGAAUUAGGUGGCAAAAGUCCACUUGUUAUUUUCGAUGACUUCGAUGUUAAAAAAGCUGCUGAAAUAGCCUACAGCGCUUUGUUUAUGAAUCAUGGCCAGAAUUGUUGCGCGGGAUCGCGUACGUUCGUACAUUCUAAGAUUUAUGACGAAUUCAUAAAAUAUGCGAAGCAAUUAGCGAUGAAUAGAAAGGUCGGAGAUCCGUUUAAUUCUCAAACAGAACAGGGGCCACAAGUUGAUGAAGAGAUGUUUAACAAAGUUAUGGGUUUCAUUAAAUCUGGAAAAGAGGAAGGCGCUGUACUAGAAGUUGGUGGUGAACGUUAUGGUAAUGUUGGAUAUUUCAUAAAGCCUACUGUAUUUUCUAAUGUAACGGAUAACAUGAGAAUUGCAAAGGAAGAAAUUUUUGGUCCGGUACAAUCUAUUUUGAAGUUUGAUACUAUGGAAGAAGUCAUUGAACGUGCUAAUAAAACUAUGUAUGGUCUUGCUGCCGGUGUCUUAACUAACGAUAUUCAAAAGGCAUUAAUAUUUGCUAAGUCGGUAGAAUCUGGAAGUGUUUGGGUAAAUACAUAUGAUGCUAUAACGCCACAAACACCGUUUGGUGGAUAUAAGAUGUCAGGAAUUGGACGUGAAUUGGGUGAAGAAGGUUUAAAAGAAUACCUUGAAACUAAAACGAUUUCUAUUAAGCUGCCAUUGAAGACUGACAUGCUUAAAUCCAUAUAAAGUACCAUGAAUAAUUGAAAAAAAUUUGUUUUUUUUUAAAUCACUAUUUUUGUAUAGUAUCAACUUUUUUCUACUUUGUACAAUUAAAUUUAUAUGAUUCGUAUAUAAAUGUUACUGAAUAAAGUGCUCAUAAUAGCAACUCUUA